UGGAACUUAUGAAAAAACAGGUAGUGUUUAAUUAACAUAAGGGCAAUCCUUGAUUACUGAUGGCGUUUACAAGCUCGUCUGACACCGACAUUAAAUUUUCCGAGGGCUCUGAAGUCAUCACUAACUGCCGAUCAGCAGUGCGUGCUGUCACAACUUUUUCCUGUUUAGUUCCUCUGCAGCGAUAGGAACGAUGAACUGGUAAUGGGAUGAACUGGGGGAAGAGUGGAAAAAUGUAAAAGUGUUGGGGGUUUUUAAAAUUAAUUUCCAGUUAGAUUAUUAUAUUUAACGAUAAUAAAAAAAUAUGGAGAAUUCCACCUGGUCUGUCUGGUUCCCUUCUGCUCACAAGGCGGAGAUCCUGGAAAACCCUCUCCAGACUUAUCUCCUGGGAAUCAUCAUCUCCAUAUGUGGGAAUGUCCUCAUCAGCAUUUCACUCAACAUACAGAAAUAUGCUCACAUGCGUCAGUCUCAGCGUGACACCAAGCCCUACUACUCCUCCCCAGUGUGGUGGUCCGGUGUGGUACUCAUGGGUGUUGGGGAACUGGGAAACUUUGCUGCCUAUGGCUUCGCCCCUGCAUCGCUCAUCGCUCCACUGGGCAGUGUAUCUGUCAUAGCCAGUGCCAUCAUAUCGGUGGUAUUCCUGAAGGAAACUCUGCGACCUUCAGACAUUUUUGGUGGCACCCUGGCAAUAACAGGGACGUACCUCCUGGUGACCUUUGCACCUCACACAUCCACACACAUCACAGCCCAUCUGGUCCAGUAUUAUGUUGUCAGCUGGCACUUCCUGAUCUACAUUUUUAUAGAGAUCGUGGUCUUUUGCAUCCUGCUCUACCUCUACAAGAGGAGGAAUGUCAAGCACAUUGUGGUUGUGAUGUUGCUGGUGGCCCUACUGGCCUCCUUGACUGUCAUCUCAGUCAAAGCUGUAUCAGGGAUGAUCACUGAGUCAAUAACCAGCCAACUGCAGCUCAUCUACCCAAUCUUCUAUGUGAUGCUUGUCGUCAUGGUCGCCUCCUGUGCUUUCCAGAUUAAAUUUCUCAAUCAGGCAAUGAAAAUGUUUGACGCCACAGAGGUGGUUCCUAUCAACUUUGUCUUUUUUACAGCAAGUGCCAUUCUUGCAGGGAUUGUAUUUUACCAGGAGUUUGAAGGCCUGGCUUUACUCAACAUUUUUAUGUUUCUGUUGGGAUGUCUGCUGUCUUUUCUUGGAGUUUUCCUGAUAGCACGUAACAGGCCAAAGAAAAAACAAGAAGAUUCCAAUUUUAUCUCAAUGGACAGGAUCCCUGGGAAAAGGCACACAGAAAAAGUGCAGCCUGAGGCAAAGACUUCCACAUAUGAAUCCCUGGCAGCCAAAUUCAUGUGCAGCAGAGCUGGCCAACCAGAGGAUUCAUAGGAUCCACUCCAUCUGUUGGGACUGUAAUUUAGACAGAUUUGUGUGUGCAUACCACUCGCUGGGUACUUAAAUGUAGCUCUAUUUAUAGCCAUAAAUGUUAGGCAGCAGCUCCAACCAGUGUCAAUGGCCAAUUUGUUAAAUUAUUUUUGCCACAAUUGGCAGAAGGGUGCUUGGCUCUUCUCUGUUUAUCUUGUGCUAACAGCACUUCCAGCAGGGUAAUCAAUGACACGUAGGAGAGAUGCCACUCUAAAUGAGAUAAAGCACCUCAGGAAAAGAGAGCACUUCUCAGACCUUUUACGAGCAGCAGCCUACACCUUCAACCACAGGCCGCUGUGACAUGAAGCUGUAAAUAAAACACAUGAAAUGUAUUUAUCCACCGAGAAGAAAAAACAGUGGUCUGUGUGAUACUGUGUCAAUAAACCAGGGCAAAACCUGAAAUGUCAAUGG